AUGAGAUGAGGUUAUGUAAUCAAAAUACUAGAAAAUUGGUAGAGUGUAUUGAAAGAGUUAUGAUUAUUCUUAACUAAAAAAGAAAAUGUCUCGACUAUUUGGAAUUUACGGGGAAUUGUGUGCUACACAUCCCUGGGAAGUAAUAGUUACCAUAAUAACUUUAACAACAUAUUUUCUAACAGUUGAUAAGCCUCAUUCAACCCCAAGACCUUGUGUUGGUUGUUCUGAAGAACAUUAUCUUGCCUUUGAUGUUAUUGUAAUGACUAUAAUACGAUGUCUUGCCAUCCUGUAUAGCUAUCACCAGUUCAGGAACCUACAGAAGUUGGGUUCCAAGUAUGUUCUGGGAUUUGCUGGAUUGUUUGUAGUAUUCUCCAGUUUUGUAUUCACCUCUGCUGUGUUGAACAUCUUACGGUUCGAGUUUGUUGACUUGAAGGAUGCUCUUUUCGUUUUUCUAAUAUUAAUUGACCUAUCAAAAGCAGCCAAAUUAGCACAAUUUGCCCUUACUUCCGUCAAUGAAGGUGAAAUAAGUAAGAAUAUUGCCAAAGGAGUUUCUGUUUUAGGACCUACAAUUACCUUGGACACAGUAGUGGAAACAUUAGUUAUUGGAGUUGGUACUCUUUCAGGUGUUCACAGGUUGGAAAUGCUUUCAUAUUUUGCCUGCCUGUCAGUUAUUGUUAAUUAUGUAAUUUUCAUGACUUUCUAUCCAGCAUGUUUAUCUUUGAUGUUGGAACUAGAUAGGGUAUCUGAGUUUCAUGGAGAAGAAAUGCUCUUAGAAGAAAAUGAAAAAUCAAACCCAGCAGUGCAGAGAGUCAAAUUAAUAAUGUCUUUUGGCUUAACAGUGGUCCACAUCCAUAGUCGGUGGACUUUUAGUAAUGAAAAUGGAGAGAUUGAGAGAAUGAACCUUGAAAAGAAAGUAAACUGCACAGGAGAUACAUCAAUGUAUAGUUAUCUCAUGAAGCAAUUUGCUCUGAGUGCUGAUCAUAUUGUCAUACUAAUUUUACUGGUCACCCUCAUGAUCAAGUUUGUCUUUUUUGAGAGCAAAGAUCAUUUAACUGAUCACAUAAGCCAUUCUGAAACUUUCUCAGAGAGAAAGAGAAGUAUACAGAGACAAAAACGUACAUUUUCCAAUAGUGUAGAAGUACAAACAGACAAAUAUAGCCAUAAUUUAUCAACAGAAAGUUCAAAAUACCACAGUAUUGAUAGAGAAACAGAUGUGCCUCGAAGUUUACAAGACUGCUUACAGAUAUAUAGAACUGACACUGCAGAGGAGCUAUCUGAUAAAGAAAUAAUCUUACUUGUGGACACUAAACAUGUACCUUCCUAUAUGCUAGAAAAAGUUGUCAAAAACCCAGAGCGUGGUGUAAAAAUCAGAAGAACAAUUGUGAGGAAUAUGCUGCAAGAUAGUGAUGCCAUCAUUCAUUUGCCAUAUAAAAACUAUGAUUAUGAAAAGGUUAUGGGUGCCUGCUGUGAAAAUGUUAUUGGGUAUGUUCCAGUGCCUGUGGGAAUAGCUGGACCCUUGUCACUAGAUGAUAUGACAUUUUAUAUUCCAAUGGCUACAACUGAAGGAUGUUUGGUGGCAAGUACAAAUAGAGGCUGUCGUGCCACCGAAAAAAACGGAAUCAAAAGUCGAAUAGUCGCGGACGGAAUGACGCGAGGCCCAGUCGUUCGAUUCACCUCCAUAGUGAAAGCCAGUGAGGCCAUGCUGUGGCUGGAAGGCCAGGAGAACUUCAGUGCCAUCAAAGAAGCGUUCGACUCCACCAGCAGGUUCGCCAGACUCCAAAGAAUCUCCUCGCACAUUGCCGGCAGGUAUCUCUUCCUGAGAUUCGUCGCUUCUACCGGCGACGCCAUGGGCAUGAACAUGAUCUCGAAGGGAACGGAGAAAGCGUUGAGGCUGGUCAAGGACAAAUUUCCGGGAAUGGAGGUGCUCAGCCUGAGCGGGAACGUGUGUACGGACAAGAAACCGUCCGCCGUGAAUUGGAUAAAGGGGCGAGGAAAGUCGGUGGUGUGCGAGAGCGUCAUUUCCGCUGACGUCGUUUCUUCUGUGCUGAAAACCAGCACGGCAGCUAUGGUGGAUUUGAACAUCUCGAAGAAUAUGAUCGGGUCUGCGGUAGCGGGAAGUAUAGGAGGCUUCAACGCGCACGCGUCCAACAUCGUGACCGCCAUCUUCAUAGCGACCGGCCAAGACGCCGCGCAGAACGUCUCCAGCAGCAACUGCAUCACCAUCAUGGAGCCGUGGGGCGACCGAGGCGAAGACCUCUACGUGUCCUGCACGAUGCCCUCCAUAGAGAUCGGCACGACUGGCGGCGGCACCGUGCUGCCCCCGCAGGCCUCCUGCCUCAGGAUGCUGGGGGUGGAGGGGCCCAAUCGGGAGCGGCCGGGCGAAAACGCCAAACGGCUGGCUAGGCUCGUGUGCGGGGCAGUUCUAGCAGGGGAAGUGUCACUGAUGGCGGCGCUGGCUAGCGGACACUUGGUCAAGAGCCAUCUGAAGUAUAACAGGUCGUACUCCAGCAGGGAUAGUAUGAGUUGUGAUUUUGGUAAGGAUUGUGAUAAAUGAACGUGAUUAGCAGAUUUGAUGUAUUGGACGUUAAUGCGUCAGUUCGACAACUGGAACUUUAAGUUCGCCCUGUGAGUCAUCGGAACUAAAGUCGCACUCCACCAGGGAUAGUAUGAAUUGUGAUUCUGAUAAAAAUUGUAAGAAAUGAACUUGAUUAGCGGAUUUGAUUUAUUGGACAUUAAUGCGGUAGUUUGGGAACUGGAAUCUUGAGUUCGCCCAGUGAGUCAUCGAAAGUA